AUGAAUAAUAGCUCCGAUUAUAUUUACUGGUCUGAACUUCAUUGCUCAAAAGAUGCACUCACAGAUACAUAUGGGUGGUUCAUGCAAUUUCUACUGGCUGUUUUAGCGUUUACAUGUCUCAUAGGUAAAAGGUUUUGUGAACCACGAUAUGCUAGACGACCUUGGUUAAUUUGGUUCUAUGAUACAUCAAAACAGGGGCUCGGUGCCCUUAUCAUUCAUGCUGCUAAUGUCUGGCUUUCCCCACAUCUAACUGGUAAUCCAUGCACUUGGUACAUUGUCAAUUUUAUGUUGGAUUCAACACUCGGUUUAUUGAUAAUUUGGGCCGGAAUCAGACUAGCACAGUACUGUGCAAGGAUUUAUGAUAUACCACUCAUUAACUUCGGAGAGUAUGGUAAACCUCCAAUGUGUUCUGCCUGGAUAUGCCAGUGUAUUCUAUAUGCUGCGUUGGCAACAUUUGCUAAGUCAAUACUAGCUUUGGUAUUGCGACUUCCUCCAGUCGUUGCAGUUUUAUCAACAUUGAGACUGUCACCAGUUUCUGACCCAAGAUUGGAGCUGGCUGUUGUCAUGCUCAUUAUACCAUUCUUUGUUAAUAUUCUAAUAUUUUGGGUGACCGACAACUUCCUCAUGUAUCGACCGAGGGGAGUCAGCAGUAAAAUAAAGACUAAGGUUAGAUAUCAGUCAAUAAAGAAGGACAAGUCAGGUUCGGAAGAUGAGGAACAGUCUGCCGAUGAAAGGUUACUCGGUGCGAGUGUAUGA